GUAAAAAGACGCCUACGAACAACACGUCUUCCAUCUGGAAACAGCACGCGCCUAAUCCAGAUGAGGAUGCUGUGAGUUGCUGACUCCAGCCUCCAAAACGAGCUCGCCCCACUACGGGCGCUCAUCAGGCUCCAAUGCUCUCACUCUCCACCCCCUCCUCGCCUCUGCUCCCGCUGCCUCCCCAAGGCACCACCGCCUCUCCCGUCGGUCUCCUCCGCCGGGCCGCGGCGCGGCGGGACGCGCCGCUCACCUCCGCGCUCCAUGCCGCUCUGCUCAAGUCCGGCGGGCUUCACCCCACGCGACCCCUCGCCGCGUCGAACUCCCUCCUGCACGCAUACCUCCAAUGCGGCCUCCUCUCACGCGCGCUCCGCCUGCUCGACGAAACGCCCCGCCGCGACGCGGCGACCUACGCCUCCCUCAUCUCCGCGCACUGCCGCCGCGGUGCGCCCCUUGACGCCUUCCGCGCCUUCCUGGACAUGCUAGCCUGGGGCACCGACCAGGGCGAGGGCGACGCCGUCCGCCCCAACGAGUUCACGGUGGCUGCGCUCCUGCAGGCCUGCGGGCUAGCCAGGGACGAAAGGCUCGGGAGGAUGGUGCAUGGGUACCUCGUGGUUGGGGGUUUCUGUGGUGACCCGUUCGUGGUUGGCUCAUUGGUCAACAUGUACGCCAAGGUUGGGGAUGCGGUAAGCGCGCGGAGCCUGGUUCUUGGAUUACCCUGCAGGGACGUUGUUUCUUGGACGGCCAUCGUAUCAGGGUGCGUGCUCAACGGGAUGCUAACAGAAGCACUCGAGGUGUUCGUCAUGAUGCUGGAAGAUGGCGUCCUCCCCAACAAUGUCACGAUGCUGAGCGUCAUUCAGGCGUGCUCUUUGAUGGGUGCGUCAGGAUUGUUUGGUCCUGUGCAUGCUCUUGUUGUUCAGUUGGAGCUUGAGGACGACACUUCCGUUGUGAAUUCUCUUAUCAUGAUGUACGCAAAGAAUGGAUUUGUUGAAGAGGCCAUGCGGCUUUUCGAGGGUUUGUACCUGAGGAGAGGGGAUGUCUGUUCUAAUGAGGAUGUUAUUGCUGCACUUGUUUACGGUUGCACCAUUUCAGGGUCCCUGAAGAAUGGGGAGGGAAUCCAUGCGCAUUUGAUUAAAAUGGGUGCUUUCCCAAGCGUCAGCAUUGAGAACUCCCUCAUGGGCAUGUAUGCUAGAUUUGAGCAAGUUGAUGCGGCGCACUUGGUGUUUGAGGGCAUGAAAUUUAAGGACAUCGUUUCAUGGAACACCAUUAUCUCGUGCCUUGCUAAGAGUGACCGUGUGAAUGAAGCCAUUGAACUUUUCAGCGUUCUUCAUGCUGGUGGUGGUGGGCUCACGCCUGACUUUGUCACGGUCCUGAGCAUAGUGCAUGCUUGCUCCAAUGCAGGAUUGCUGCAGCAAGGGCAGAUGCUCCAUGGAUACAUCAUGAAAUCUGGUUUCGUGCACGAUGUAUCAAUAUGCAAUGCUCUGAUAAGCAUGUGUGCCAAGUUAGGAAGAAUUGAUUUCGCUGAGAUGAUCUUUGAUUGGAUGGGUAUUAAGGACCUUGUUUCAUGGAAUUCAAUGAUCACUGCUUAUGGGAUGCAUGGCGAUGGUCAUUCAGCUCUAAGAAUUUUCCACCAGUUGAAGGACUCUGGAACACCUGCACCAAAUGCUAUCACAUUUGUGAGUGUGAUAUCAGCUUGCAGUCACUCUGGUUUGAUUUCAGAAGGCUACAAGUGCUUUGAAAGCAUGAGAACAGACCACGGCAUUGAACCUAGCAUCGAUCAUUAUGCCUGUGUAGUUGAUCUGCUUGGAAGAUCUGGGAGGUUUGCUGAGGCUGAAGAAUUCAUCAGGGAUAUGCCUGUCCAUCCCAACUCAUCCAUUUGGGGACCUCUUCUGGCUGCUUGCCAGCUUCAUGGGAAUGUUGAUCUUGCAGAAAAGGUUGCUAAAGAAUUGUCAGCCUUGGAACCUGAGAGUGACAUAUGGAGAGUCUCCUUGGCAAAUACCUAUGCCUUGGCUGGAAGAUGGAAAAACUCUGCAAAGAUUAGGACUGAAAUGAGGAGAGUCGGUUUGAGAAAGGAGACUGGGUGGAGUUUUGUAGAUGUUGGAGGGGUUGAGGGUUUUAAGUUCGUGUCAGCAGAUACAAGGCAUCGCGAUGCUGAAAAAAUAUAUUCAGUAUGGCACAGUAUGAACAAGCACAUGGCUGAUUUAGCUGAUGAUGUGUAUUCACUGAGUCCAGUUAGUGCAAUUUAGUUGAUGUCACGCAUGUUUAACAGACGCGUGAAUGUGUUUUGGUUAGGUCACAAUGAUGAAACCAGCCCUUUGUAAUUUAAGUCAUGAGCUUAGACUUGAAAGUAUAACAGAUGUAUUGUUUUGAAUGCUGAAUGUAGGUAACAAGUAAAUAAAUAGAACACAAAUGGAAUUGGAGGA